GAUAACACUGAAAGUCGUCACAGCUGUUUGUCAAGAAAACAAAUGUCAAUAAUUGUCAAACAAAAGUUCGUAAUGCGAAUUCCUCAAAUCUGGAAAUAUUGAUGAGCUAAUUUCUAUAAAUUAUGAAAGUUUGGUCAGAUAUCAAAUAGCAAGAUGUCUGAGAGAAGAGACGGCUUCUUUUACAGCUUAACCAAUUUGUUGCAGCAGGAUUACCGUGGUGUCAACAUAGCCGUCUAUGCUCUCGCAACUGCUGGCUUAGCUGUGUCGAUACAUAAGAUACGUCCGGUUAGCAAGUUUUCGAAUGCAAGCAAGAUACCGGAGCACUUCUUGCGGAGCCAUGAGCCACUCAGAGGAGUGUACACGGGAGUGCAGCAUACUCCAAUGCGUUUGUUGGUUGACCAUCGGGCACCAAUAUACUUGCCUCUAUGGCAUUCCAGCAAACCACCAAUGCCAGUAAAGCUGUGGGGUGUUGAUAUUGUUAGUGGAAAUGCAGUGAACUGGCUGGAAUGUGUGGCCAAGGGCAAACAGGUGACUUUGAAACCCAUUGCCACAGACAAGGAUACAUUAGUCUCCACUGUUUUAUUGCAUUUACCCCAACCGAAGACAAAAUCUGUGGAGACUUUUGAUCUUGGGCAGAAAUUGGUUGAACUUGGCUUUGCAAAGGCUUCCGUUCCACAAAAUAUAAAGAAAAACACAAUCGAGUCACAAUUAGCUCCAGCACUGUUGUCAGCAGAAGCCAGAGCAAAAAGCUUCCGCAAUGGAGUCUGGUCUGAUAACCUGCCGCCACUCCCUGUUUACGUUACUUAUUGGCGGAAAGGCUCUCAACUCACAGCAGAACUUUUAGUUCUGAGUCUCAAAAAAUUUAUACAGUUGUUCGGAUUUGCAUCGAAAAGUGCCUUAGUAGGAGUGAAAAAUCUCGCUCUUCGACCUUUCAGAUCCUCUCCUAAGCAAGUACAAGCAACAUGAAAGCAUUUAUUUAUAUUAUAAGUUGUUACUUAAAUUCAUAGUGGUUGU